CAAGUUUUGUUAUUGAAUCUGUCCAACGAAUGGGUAGAUAUCGGUGCUGCUCCCAGUUACUGCAACUACAGUUUGGUGCAGGGAAGAGGCGGCAGGAACUUCUUUACAGCCCCCUACAGGGCUUGUGAUGUCCGGAUACAGAAUGGAAACUACAUGUUGACCUUGCUUUACAUAACUGCUGAUGAUGAACGAGGGUACUUGGACAUUAGAUGUCCCACCACUGGUGGGGAGCCAACAGAGACUACUAGCCCCUCUGGUGGGGAACUGACCGGAACCACUGGUGGAGAAAUGACAACUAUUUGGAAACCUACAGUGCCAACUCUCCCUGACACUGCUCUCUGCAGAGCCUCCAGCAUGACUGUAGAACUGCCCUCUGAGUUGCUUCAAGUUCUAGUAUUGAGUCCAUCCAAUGAAUGGGUAGAUAUUGGUGAUGCUCCCAGUUACUGCAACUACAGUUUGGUGCAGGGAAGAGGCGGCAGGAACUUCUUUACAACCCCCUACAGGGCUUGUGAUGUCCGGAUACAGGAUGGAAGCUACAUCUUAACAUUACUCUACAUUACCACUGCUAAGGGAGGCUACGUGCACAUGACUUGUCCAAUAAAAACCACUACUAGGGAGCCAACCAAGACUACUAGAACCAGCAGGAAGACCACCAGGACAACCAGCAGGAAGACCACCAGCGGGAAGACCAGAACCAGCAGGAAGACAACCAGGACAACCAUUGGGGAGCCAACGAAGACCACCAGGACAACCAGCAGGAAGACCACCAGCGGGAGGACAAGGACAACCAGCAGGAAGACCAGCAGUGGGAAGACCACCAGGACAACUAUUGGGGAGCCAACAAAGACCACCAGGACAACCAGCAGGAAGACCACCAGGACAACCAGCAGGAAGACCACCAGCGGGAGGACAAGGACAACCAGCAGGAAGACCACCAGCAGGAGGACAAGGACAACCAGCAGGAAGACCACCAGCAGGAAGACCACCAGGACAACCAUUGGGGAGCCAACGAAGACUACCAGAACCACCAGUGGGAGGACAAGGACAACCAGCAGGAAGCCAACCAGCGGGAGGACAAGGACAACCAGCAGGAAGACCAGCAGUGGGAAGACCACCAGGACAACUAUUGGGGAGCCAACGAAGACUACCAGGACCACCAGAACCAUUGGGGAGCCAACGAAGACCACCAGGACAACCAGCAGGAAGACCACCAGGACAACCAGCGGGAAGCCAACCAGUGGGAGGACAAGGACAACCAGCAGGAAGACCACCAGGACAACCAGCAGGAAGCCAACCAUUGGGGAGCCAACCAAGACUACCAGAACAACCAGCAGGAAGCCAACCAGCGGGAGGACAAGGACAACCAGAACCACCAUUGGGGAGCUGACCAAAACCACAACUAUUUGGAAACCUACAAUGCCAACUUUCCCUGACACUGCUUUCUGCAGAGCCUCCAGCAUGACUGUAGAACUGCCCUCGGAGUUGCUUCAAGUUCUAGUAUUGAGUCCAUCCAAUGAAUGGGUAGAUAUCGGUGAUGCUCCCAGUUACUGCAACUACAGUUUGGUGCGGGGAGGAGGCAGCAGGAACUUCUUUACAACCCCCUACAGGGCUUGUGAUGUCCAGAUACAGGAUGGAAGCUACAUCUUAACCUUACUCUACAUUACCACUGCUAACGGAGGCUACGUGCACAUGAGAUGUCCAAUUCCCACCAGUGGGAAGACUACCAAGACCACCAUUGGGGCGCUGACCAGGACAACCAGAACCACCAGCGGGAGCUUGACCAUAACCAGAACCACCAUUGGGGAGCCAACCAGAACCACCAGCGGGAAGACUACCAAGGCCCCUACAAAUGUGGUCUGCACAGCUUCCAAUAUGGUGGUGGAGCUUCCCAACGAACCUUUAAGACUGGUUAAGGUUCUAGAUAAAUCCAACCAGUGGGUAGCUGUCGUUGAUGCUCCCAAGUACUGCAACUACACCUUGUCUCGGGAAAGGGGAAGGAACUUCUUCAUAACCCCCUACACGGCCUGUGAUGUCAGGAUACUGAAUAACAACUAUGUUUUGAAAAUAUGGUAUCUGACAACUGGUGGCAAAAAAGGGUAUGUGGUGAUGGAAUGCCCCACCAGUGCUGGAGAACCCACAAAAGCCCCAACAACUACGACCACUACAUGGGAGCAAACCAAACCGACAAGGAUCACUGGAAUUGCUACGAAGACAACCAUGAGAACCACUAGUGGGGAGCCAACUGUGGUCUGCACAGCCUCUAGUAUGGUGGUGGAGCUGUCCAGGGAACCUCUGGUACUAGUAGAGCUUCUAGCUGAAUCCAGCGAGUGGGUAGCUGUCAUUGAUGCUCCUGAGGAUUGCAACUACACCUUGAUUCGGAGCAGAGAAAGGAACCUCUUCAAAACCCCCUACACAGCAUGUGAUGUCAAGAUUCUGAAUGAGAACUACUUCUUGGCCUUGCGCUAUACAACAAUUGAUGGUAAAGUAGGGCAUGUACAGAUGAAAUGUCCAACCAGUGCAGGAGAACCAACAAAAGCACCUGCAACUACACACACGACCAGGAAAUCAACAAGGACCCCCCCAGCACCAGAUGUGGUGUGCAACUCCUCCGGCAUGAUGGUGGAGCUGCCCAAGGACUCUCUGGACCUAGUGGAGCUUCUAGAUUAUUCCAACAAAUGGGUAGUUGUCAACAAGGCUCCUGUGUACUGCAACUACACCUUGCUGCAGGGAAGUGGAAGGACCCUUUUCAUAACCCCCUACAAAGCCUGUGAUGUCAGGAUACUGAAUGAGAACUACAUCUUGACCCUCCGCUAUACAACUUCUGGGCAACAAGUUUAUGUUCACAUGAAAUGCCCAACCAGUGCUGCAGCACCCACAAAAACACCUUCCUCUACAACCACUGCUAGAAAACCAACAAUACCCACUGUCUGCAAAGCCUCCGUCAUGACAAUAGAGCUGCCUGAAGGACCAAUUGAACAAGUAGCCCUGAUAGAUAAAUCCAACACUCUGGUAACUGUCAAAGAUGAUACCAGGAAGUGUGGAUACAGCUUGGUGCAUGGGAGAGGAAAGAACAUCUUCACAACCCCUUACACGGCCUGUGAUGUGAAGAUGCUGAAUGGGAAUUAUAUGCUGACUCUAGCAUAUGUAACCCUUGCUGGGAGAAGGGUACUGGUGCAGAUGAAAUGUCCAACCAGUGCAGCUUUACCAACAGGGUCGCCGCUCCCUCCCAUUGGGGUUUCUGUGUUCUGCAGUGAUACUUGCAUGACAGUGGAACUUCCUGGGGGACUGCUACAAGAUAUCCAGUUAAUGGAUGAAUCCAACAACUUGGUAGCUGUUACCAGUGCUCCCAAGACUUGUGGCUACAGUUUGGUGAGGGGGAACGGCAAGAACAUCUUGACCGCUCCUUACAAGGCCUGCAAUGUUAAGAUACUGAACAACGUCUACAUCCUGAGAGUCCUUUACACAACUCUUACUGGGGAGCGAGGAGAUAUACAGGCCAAGUGUCCUGUUCCUGGUCUAGUACCACGUGAGGGGUGCAAGAUACCAAGAAGUCAGCAGGUUGCUUGUGGUCCACCUAAUGCUGAUCCACAACUCUGUGUGGCCAAUGGCUGUUGUGUGGAUGCAACAACUUCCCAGUGUUACUAUCCUUUGGAUGCGUGCACUGCAGAUGGCCAUUUUGUAUUCUCCAUAUACCGCACCUCAACCAAGCCAGAAAUCGAUCCUGGCAGUCUAGUAAUUGCAGGAAACCGAUCAUGUGCCCCAGUCAUCUGCACGCCAGACUUUGCCAUCUUCAAACUUCCUGUGACUGGCUGUGGGACACAUGUCUUUACGGUGGCAGAGACUACAAUCUAUCUUGCUGAAGUUCAAGGCUUGGUUCGGGGGAACCAGCAGGUGUAUGGACAAAUUACCAGAGAUGGCCCUUUUCGUUUAUAUGUGGAAUGUCGCUAUUCUAAAGGAAGUUUGGCCAGCACUGGUUACUUGGUGGUGAACCCACCGCCUCCAUCAGCAGCCUUGGCUUUUGGCUCGCUAGGGGUUCGGUUAAGGAUUGCCACAGACACCAGCUACACCAGCUUCUACCCACAGUCCCAUCUGCCCCUGAGCUUCUUGCUUGGCAGCAAGGUGUAUCUGGAAGUGCAGCUUGUAAACCCUCCUGACCCCAAUGUAGUUCUGCUGGUCCACUACUGCAUCGCCUAUCCCCAGUCCUCUCAAGCUGCCUGGGUGAUCCUCUAUGAAGGUUGUCCAAACAUCCUGGAUUACAGCAGUGCUGCUGGCCUCCAUGUGAAAUACAAUAACAUGCCUGUAUCCAAGCACACUCGACGCUUUGAAAUACAAAGCUUCCAGUUCCUGGACUACAAGACCAAGCAGCAUUUGGAUGAGGAAAUCUAUUUUAUGUGUUCAACUGAAGUCUGUUCUCCUGAACGCCGUGUUUGUAAUGAAGGAUGCUUUGAUGGGAGAGAUAUGCCUGUUCCAGUAGAUCUUGGUGUGGGAGGGCGCUGUGCACGAAAGCCCUGUCCUGGGAAAUCAAACGUAGUCAAGCGAGCUGCUUCUGGUCAUACCGGCCUCAUCGCUGUCGGUGUAGAAACCUUUAUUUUGGAUGAGAAUGUGCCCCAUGAACAAACGGAGAAGCACUGGACUCGCUUCCAUGGUUUCCUGGGGCUGCUUGGUUUGGUGGUCUCGGUAUCUCUUCUAAUGCUCUUCCUCAAAAAAAUGGGUUGUCUUGCAAAUUGUCAUGUCCCAGAGAAGCAGUCUCUAACUUGAAUAAACCUUGAUCUUGAAA